UUCUUGUAUUAUGGCUCAGAGACAUCUCAAUACGUCCCUUCGUGGGUUUCGCAGGUCGAGCACGCUGCCGCGACCAGGUAGCAGCUACAGCCGGCAGUCGUCGCAUCAGGGCGCACCGGGACCUACGUCCGGUAGUAGUGGUUACAGCAGCUAUCGGCGUCCUUCGUCUGGGGGCAACAGCGUGGCCAAUGCUGUCAAGAUGUUCGGAAGCCUAGCUCAUCGAGAAGAGGGCGCCUCCAAGCCGCCGGUGUCGCGGAGCUACUCAGUCAAGUCCAAGGAGGACGCUGCGCGACCGCCAUUCUGCAGCAUGCCAUCCCGAGAAGAGUCGAAAAGCUUCGUCAGCGUGCCCGCCAGAGCCCAUGAAGAAGAGCCGGACACGGUGGAAGCGAAGGCAACCAACGAUGCCAAUCUGGCCAAGUCCGAAUCGAAGAGCGGCAAGCGUGGCUUGGCUCCAGCCGACUUUACGUCAACGUCCGACUCGGAGGAGAGCGACGACAACCAGAGCGAAGACGAGGAAAACCAGGCAGACGACGGCGUGAGCCGAAGCACUUCGACGCCCGAUGCUGCUGGUGACAGCGGCCCGGCCCGGCCGCCGGCGUCCAGGCAGCAGGCGACAGUCCGGCGCGCCGCCAGUCUGCAAGUGGACUCCGCAGACUUAGAAUCAUCAAGGACACCAAGUGCGUUCGGUUACUUGUACGAAAAGCGACGGAAGGACUCCAUGACCAUCCGCAAAUCGCCUCCAGAGGUGUCGUUUAGACUACCACCCAACAUUCAGCACGACAGUGCCAGUCUUCUACAGAUGUUUAGGCUCGAAGUGGCGGCUGCACGUCGUUAUGCAGACUUCUCCAGCAACAUCACUCCCGGCAAGGACAUUGUUCCUGACGAAUUCAUGUUCCAGAAUUCCAGUGCUCAACGGAUCAACAGUGAAGAAAACUCCAAGCCCACCGAGGGGUGCGGCACUUUCUUCUACCACAAGCACCUCUUGUGA